CGCUCACAUGUCCUUAGUGUUCCGAGUGGUGGUGGAGUAGUGUUGGUGCGCCAGUGCCGGCCGAUACCGCGACCAGGCUGGCCGUCCUCGCCUCUUCAAUCAGUUUCCACAGCAGUGCGAUUUGCGAAACAUUUCUACGUACAUUGUGCAAGCUCUAUCGACAUGUUGCCUACGACGGUGCUUCUGUUUGUGCUGCAUUUUGUCGCCGCUGAUAUACCAUCAUACAUAAAAGUAUGCCAGCGGAACGACCCAGAAGUAGACAAAUGCAUCAUGAACUCGGUGGACUUGCUAAGGCCUAAGAUGAUAGAGGGUAUCCCAGAGUUAAACGUGCCAGGCAUCGAACCUCUAAGCUUGGGUCAGAUUGCGUUGGCUCGAGGCCCACAGGGCGCCAAGCUGACAGCAGUCGUCAACGAUGUUAAAGUUCGCGGACCUAGCAACUUCAUCAUACAGGAACUUAAGUCAGACCUCGACAAGAACAGGUUCGACUUCAAGCUGCUGCUGCCGAAGCUGGACUUCGCCGGCAAGUACAAGAUGGACAUCCAGGUGCUGCUGCUGCGACUCCAGGGCCGAGGGAACAUCACGGGAACCUUCCGAGACUACGCUUGCAACGUCACGAUGAGAGGACACAAACAGAAGAUCGGUGAAGACGAGCACCUACAGUUUGAUCCCUUCAAAGUGAAGCUCCGUGUCGGUCAGUCUUCCAUCUACCUGACCAACUUGUUCGACGGCGAUCCAGUCCUGGGACCCGCCACCAACCGGGUCAUCAACGAAAACUCACAAGUAUUCCUACAAGAAAUCAGUCCGGUCCUAGAGAAGAGCCUUGCGGACCUCUUCACAGAAAUGGCAAAUAAAAUAACGUCGAAAUUCACUUACAAAGAAUUAUUCCCGUGAUCCGUGCUCAUAUUGGAGUGAUACAGUAAUUUUAGUUUAUUUGUGAUUUCGUAUGUACGUCUGUUUAUGUAUUUGUUGGCGGUUAACGUGUCGAAAGCUUGACAAAAAUCUGAAAUAUGUUAGGGUUGGCUUACACCACAUUUCAUCGACUAUUGUAACUAUCAUUUUCAUAUUCAUAUUCCAUUUUGAAGUCAACCCUAUAAGGCUCAAUUUGUACAGUGAUGUGUCAGAGUUAUUAGAUGUUAGUUAUAAGGUAUUGGUUAUAUAAGUGGUAGAGUAAGUUUGUAAAUAAAUAGUCUAGUAAGUAUAGUAUUAUUUAACUGAACCUGUACUGCUGACGCAACUUGAGAUUGUAUGAACAAAUUCUGGAAACGGAUAAAUAGAAUUUAUUAAUUCAUGAACAAACUACAUUAUUAUAAGUAUAUUACAGUUUAGUAGAUAUUUUGUUGUAUUAUAUCUAUUUAAAUAAAGAAAAAUCGCCAAAUGUGUAACUCUCUUGUGUAGAGACAAAAUCUUUGUACUGAAUUUGAUAUUACUUUUAUUUUAUUAUGUAUGUAUUUGUUAUUUAAUUGAUAUAUUUUUGUAAACUUCUGCUUUUGCUUUACUGAAGCAUCUGCUCUUCAGAAGGUAUUAACUUAUUUUAUGUACUUACUUAUAUAUUAUAUUUUAUUUUACGUACUGAAAUGCCCGGAAAAUUAUGAUUUAUAACAGGACAUAAAUCCAUGACUCGUACAUUGAACUACAACACUAUAUAGAAAUAUGUAUAUGUAGCAGAAUGUAUUUAUCCGUUUCCUUCGAAAUGAAGUUUCCAUAAGACUUUAUGUUGUAAUUACCACAUCAUUGACAUGUGAUAUCAGGAGAUAAUGUAAAAAUAAAUAUGUUUGUCAGUGAA